AUGCCCCACUCCGCCAAGGCCUACCAGCUGUCUCCGUUGGAUUCCCCCGCUUUUCUGUUCUUGCCUUCUCUCUACAUUAGCCUAGCCAUUCUUGCUCUCUGUAGUCAUUCGACCCUCUACUUCGCGGCUGUGUACAGUCUCCCUUCAGUGCUGGCAGCACAAGAUGAUAUGCGCUACCGUUUGCCGGCUUGCCCAGUGGAACAGUGCAGAAAUGUCUCUGACCGCAUUGCAAUUACGCGUCACGGCGUUGGUGCGCAAAACGAUAUGUCAGUACCAACGUUAAUCCGAGAGCAUAUUUUACCCCAAUAGAAAAUUUGGCUUCGUAAGGCCGACCAGACGAAUAAAAGAGCUAAAAAGAAAUAAAACUACCCGGCAUUUCCCAGCCAGGAUGGCUUGCACUUAGACUUCUUCCACGUAUCAAAUCAUCCGCAAGGAAACGUACAAUAUGUUUCAUCUAAAAGCCACAAAAAAGGCUACCAUUAAGUUUCCAGCUAAAUAUGAGCUAUUACUGGUAUGAUGGCUGCGAUCUUAAGAUACCUAUUCCGCUAUGAGCGUGCCCUAGGGGCCUAACUGCACUUCCUAUCACAAAAAUGAAAAGGUGCGAG